UUUCUCCUCAUCCUGGCUGCAAGGAAAGCACGAACGGAAAUGACGUAGUGUUACUAGUGGGUUGUAAACAAGGAGCUAUCUCAGGGGCACCAUUUUACAUUGUACCACAUCGAGGCCACAAUGGGGGGCGUCCUCGGCCUUUGCUCUGCUGCCAGCUGGAUUCCUUGCCUUUGUGGCAGUGCACCAUGUCUUCUUUGUCGCUGCUGCCCAAGUGGGAACAAUUCCACAGUUACCCGACUCAUCUAUGCAUUCUUUUUACUGCUGGGGGUUGGAGUUGCUUGUGUGAUGUUAAUGCCUGGAAUGGAGGAGCAUCUAAAAAAGAUUCCUGGCUUCUGUGAGGGAGGAAUGGGAUCUUCAAUUCCAGGAGUGAGCGUACAUGUGAACUGUGAUGUGCUGGUUGGAUAUAAAGCGGUGUAUCGUGUGUGCUUUGGAAUGGCCAUGUUUUUCCUUCUUUUUUCCCUUGUUAUGAUUAAAGUGAAGAGUAGCCAGGAUCCACGUGCUGCGGUGCAUAACGGCUUUUGGUUCUUUAAAUUUGCGGCAGCGAUUGGAAUUACUGUUGGAGCAUUUUUCAUCCCUGAAGGACCUUUCACAACCGUGUGGUUCUAUGUUGGCAUGGGCGGUGCAUUCUGCUUUAUACUUAUCCAGCUUGUUUUGCUGAUUGACUUUGCCCAUUCCUGGAAUGAAUCCUGGGUUGAAAAGAUGGAGGAAGGAAAUUCUCGAUGCUGGUAUGCAGCUCUGCUGUCAGCAACUGGUAUUAACUAUGCCCUGUCCCUAGUAGCUAUAGUGCUCUUCUAUGUCUACUACACUCAUCCCGAUGGCUGCUAUGAAAAUAAAGCAUUUAUCAGUGUCAAUUUGCUACUGUGCAUGGGAGCUUCUAUAAUGUCUGUUCUACCCAAAAUUCAGGAAUCUCAACCCAGAUCUGGCUUGCUACAGUCCUCGGUGAUAACCAUUUACACUAUGUAUCUGACUUGGUCUGCCAUGACCAAUGAGCCUGAUCGUAAAUGCAAUCCCAGCUUGCUUAGCAUUAUUGGCUACAACUCUACCACCACUCCAGGUCAAGUUCAGGUAGUGCAGUGGUGGGAUGCCCAGGGAAUUGUUGGACUUAUUCUCUUCUUGCUCUGCGUCUUAUACUCUAGCAUUCGAACAUCAACUAAUAGCCAGGUGAACAAACUGACUCUGACUAGUGAUGAAUCUACACUGAUAGAAGAUGGGAGCAGAAGUGACGGUUCCCUGGGGGAUCCUGAUGAUGUGCACCGUGCUGUUGACAAUGAGCGGGACGGGGUUACCUACAGCUACUCAUUCUUUCACUUCAUGCUUUUCCUGGCAUCUCUUUACAUUAUGAUGACCCUUACCAAUUGGUACAGCCCUGACUCGUCCUACGAGACUAUGACUAGCAAAUGGCCAUCAGUUUGGGUAAAAAUUUCAUCCAGCUGGGUGUGUAUUGUUCUGUAUGUGUGGACACUGGUUGCUCCAUUGGUUCUGACCAAUCGUGAGUUUGACUAGUGAAAUGGAUUAAGUAUAGUAUGCAGUAUUUCACCUGGUGCCAGGAGCACUAAGCUUGUAUAGUAACAUUUGCCAGUUUUGCAUGCUCUAUCUUACCCUUGCCCUUGCAUGAUGUUUCAGUCUGAUCUGUAAGAAUAGUAAUUUAAAGCUGCACUCCAUAGAACUGGCAUCGCUCUUUCCCAAUUUUCUGUAUUAGUGUAUGAUAUUGCUUCUGAGGUAAUAUAUAUGUUUGACAAAAGGUGUUAAGAAAACACAUUUGUAACAUAACCAUUUGGCUCAAAAGUCUGUUGAGGUUGGGUAAAGAACGAUGGAGGAGACAUCACUGUGCUGCUCAAGCAAAAUGCAACUGGAGCAGAAUAGUUUUACCUAGAAUUCAUGGAGUUUCUCACAGAAGGAUGGAUAAGUAAAUUUAAAGGGGUACUCCGGCCCUAAGACUGAUUGCGGGGGUCCCCCACUGUGGACCCCUGCAAUCUCUCAUGCAGCACCCACCUGUCUCAGCUGCAUUUAGCGCUGGAGGCUCUGUCUCUGAAGCCUCACGACCAUUGGGCCAGAGUAUCGUAACUUCCCUUGUGACGUCACGCCCCCUCAUUGCAAGCCUAUGGGAGGGGGCAUGCAGCUGAGACAGGAGGGUGCUGCAUAAAAGAUUGCGGGGGUCUCUAGCGGCAGGAACCCUGCGAUCAGACAUCUUAUCCCCUAUACUUUGGCUAGGGGAUAAGAUGUCUUUGGGCCGGAGUACCCCUUUAAGGUUCAGGCGCUAGUCACUGAUGCACCAAGGACAGUGCAUGAUCACUGAAACUGGUUAGAGAGGUCACUUGUAUAUAGGUCAGUAUUGUAAACCUAGAUACCUGUUUCCCAAUGAUUUUGUGGCAGAACCUGUAGAGAUGAAGUGUUUGUGUGUGUGUGUUUAGUUUUUAAUAUAUUGUUUUUUUUCUCAUGCCUAUUCUUUGUGUAAAUGAAUGCCCGCAGGUCAGCUCAUUGUGACUUUAAGAUACAAUUUCUUCAUUUUGAUCCUAUUUAACACUAAAUAUGUUGUUGUCUUACUAAAUAAAGCAACUAUUUCAAUUGCA